AUGCCAAACCCCAAGUCCUUCCGAGCGGUCUACAAGACUGUAGGAAAUCAGGAGAUUGAUGUUGAUAUCUACUUGCCCGGCCCAUCAGGUAACAAGAGCAAAACAGGAUGCCCAGUUCUUCUCAAUUUUCACGGCGGAGCUUUCAUGCUUGGGUCUUCCAAGAUGGUCAACAAAGAUCAGAUUCAAGAUUGUAUCGACCGAGGAUGGAUCGUCCUGGCACCAAACCAUCGCCUAUGCCCCCAGGUAAACAUUCUGGAGGGGCCAAUUCAAGACAGUCGAGAUCUGCUUGAGUGGAUAUACGCCGGCGAGCUUCAGCGGGCCAUUUCGCCCUUUACUGAGACUCCUUACUUGGCUGAUCUUGACCAUGUGUUUGCAUUCGGCACAUCGGCCGGUGGAACCUUGGCUCUUUGCUUGGGAUUUGGGGUUCCUCGACCAGUGGCUGGCAUAUACGAUAUGUAUGGACCUUGCGUCUUCCAUGAUCCUUCAUGGAAAGAGAAACUUCCACAUAUUGCUCUCAGCCUGCCUGAGUUUCCCCCAGGAUUUAUCGACCAAGUUUUCGGCGAAGAUCCUGUUCCGAUUGAGGGAGGACUCUCGCUGGAAGGUCAACGUAAGAGCGGUCCCGACUUCACCAACCCACGGCAAGCAUACGUAUCUACGCAAUUAGCAAACGGGACCGUGUUGGAUGCAGUAUACCCAUCAGGAAAUUGGGAUGAGGUUGACCCUGUCAAGAACCUCGGCCCUCUGUUCCCACCUACUUUCAUUGCACAUGGUGCAGAGGAUAGACUGGUCCCACCCCGCAUCAGCCAGGCGUUAUUCUCAGCCCUUUCUCAGAAUGGAGUCAAGUGUGACUUGCGCAUUAUCCCUGCAGAGGAUCAUAUAUUCCCUGGUACGAUGAAGGUAGGGUCCCAGACGUGGGAUCUUCAGCGGGAGGGAUUUGACUUUUUAGAAAGUCUCAUUCAACGUCGCAAGGCACUGUAG